AUGUCACCAGUGUUGUAGUGGCAACCAGUUCCCUAAUUUUUCUCUCUUAGUGUCCAAAGGAUAUAUCCACAGGCAUGUUUGCCCGUCUUCCCAGGCACUUUGGGAGAGUUGAUGUUGAUGGAGAAGAGUCUAGAGUGAAGCAAACGAAACCUAAAAGUAAUGAUGGACACAGGACGUGGUCAUGUGGAAUGUGGAAGGCCUGCAGACAGAAGUCAUCCCCUGAAACUGUCCUAAACAAGGUGCAGGCCAACAAGGAAGAGGAGAGGGUGAAUAGAGAGCUCGAGCCAACUACCAAGGAGAGAAAUGAGCUGACAGAUCGCCUCCUUUAUGUGACAGGUGGAUCCAUGAAAAAGAGGCCAAAUCCAUUUUAUGAAAAAUUGAAGAUAACGGUGUAUGAGCUCAUGUCAUUGCUGCACAACUUAGACAUAAAGAAUAUUGAACAUCAUGAGAAAAUUCAGGAGCUCAACAAGGAGAUUAACUUCUAUCGCAACCUGCACAGCUGGCUCCUGAUGGACCAGGCAUGUAUGAAGAAGAAGUUGGUCACAUUGAAGCAGGAGAGCAAGGAGGUACAGCGAUAUUUGUUUGAGUUGAACCCGAAUGAUGAAGAUGAACAGGAGAAGACCAGCAACCUCCAGACCCAGCAAAAUUUGGUCUCAGAAACUGCAGGAGAGAUGGCAUAGGAUGUAUCCCAGGAAGACAACCCCCUGAAGAAUGAGUUUCUUUCUCAGGAGUUCCCUGCUGAGGACAACCCUCAACAGUGAAAGACGCUUUUUGGAUGAAUAUUCUUCUUCUCAGUUAAUUUCCUCAAUGUCUAGAGACCCUAAAUUUAUGUAUCUGUAUGCCGGCCUGUCUGAUUGAGGUGUUUCUCCUUUCUUAUUCCUACAACACCAUUUGAAAGACAACUGAGGGGACUGCCUUGACAUCUCACGUCCUAGAGGAGAAACAGCACUACAACUGUGUUUCUAAAUGUUCAUUAAGAAAAUCCUGUUAGGAAAUGGUUUUGGUUAUGAUUUUUAUUGACGUUUUCUUUUUGUUGUUUCAUAGUUAUAUAUUCUUGUUACUGUUUUUCAUUUUUUAUAUCAUUUUAGUUGUUCAUUUUAUGCCUGUUUUUGUAAAUUGUACUCUUUAUGAAUAAAAAUUGAUUUGUAA